GGAGUCUUGCUUUUGUUUCUCCGUGAACUAUGCACAUGGCAGAUGCGGGUGGUACUUGGGUUUCAGCUCCAGGGUCCCUGUGACCCAGGGACCAGCCCGUUUGGCGUGGCGGAUUGGGGAUGGGGCAUGAGGGCAACAGGUUCCAGGCUGUGCUCCCAUUAGGUCGCAGGGCUCCUUCCGAGCGCUUUCUCGUGACCCUGGGUGAGAGUGGCAGGCGCCCUGCUGCGUAGGCUCCCCCCCACCCCGGGCACAGCCGCCGGCGGAGCUGCAGUUGCUCGAAGGGGCUUCCCAGGCUUCGCUGCUUGCUUUUCCCGCCGUCUUGGGUUGCGGGCGGCGUCGGUUCCCUCCCCGGGGGCCGCGGCGGCCGGAGGCGGGGGUCGCAGCGGCCGCUCGGGGCGGCGCUGGGCGGGCGGGCGCUGGGCCCGCCCCGCCGGCAUCCUUGGCCCGACUUCCUUCUGCCGCGGGCGGCUGGCCCAGCUGGAGGAAGCGGCGGCGGCGGCCACGAUGAGUGCGGGCGACGCAGUGUGCACCGGCUGGCUCGUUAAGUCGCCCCCCGAGAGGAAGCUACAGCGCUACGCCUGGCGCAAGCGCUGGUUUGUCCUCCGGCGAGGCCGCAUGAGCGGCAACCCCGAUGUCUUGGAGUACUACAGGAACAAGCACUCCAGCAAGCCCAUCCGGGUGAUAGACCUCAGCGAGUGUGCAGUGUGGAAGCAUGUGGGCCCCAGCUUUGUUCGGAAGGAAUUUCAGAAUAAUUUCGUGUUCAUUGUCAAGACUACUUCCCGUACAUUCUACCUGGUGGCCAAAACUGAGCAAGAAAUGCAGGUGUGGGUGCACAGCAUCAGUCAGGUCUGCAACCUUGGCCACCUGGAGGAUGGUGCAGCAGAUUCCAUGGAGAGCCUCUCUUACACGCCCUCCUCCCUGCAGCCAUCCUCUGCCAGCUCCCUUCUUACCGCCCAUGCUGCCAGCUCCUCUUUGCCAAGAGAUGACCCAAACACUAAUGCCGUAGCCACUGAGGAAACCAGAAGUGAGUCAGAGCUUCUCUUCCUUCCAGAUUAUCUGGUUUUGUCCAACUGCGAGACUGGAAGACUGCACCAUACCAGUCUACCCACCAGAUGUGAUAGCUGGUCAAACUCAGACCGUUCAUUGGAACAGGCUUCAUUUGAUGAUGUUUUUGUUGACUGCCUGCAGCCGCUCCCCUCCAGUCAUUUGGUCCACCCCUCAUGCCAUGGCAGUGGAGCUCAGGAGGUGCCAUCCUCGAGGCCUCAGGCUGCCCUGAUCUGGAGUAGAGAAAUCAAUGGGCCACCCAGGGACCACUUGUCUUCUUCACCAUUGCUGGAAAGUUCCUUAAGUUCCACCAUUCAGGUAGAUAAAAAUCAAGGUUCCUUACCCUGUGGAGCAAAAGAACUAGACAUUAUGUCCAACACUCCACCUCCCCGCCCCCCUAAGCCAAGCCAUCUGUCUGAACGGCGCCAAGAGGAGUGGAGUACACACAGUGGUAGCAAGAAGCCAGAAUGCACUCUGGUUCCAAGAAGAGUCUCCCUCUCUGGUUUAGACAACAUGAGAACCUGGAAAGCUGAUGUAGAAGGCCAAUCCUUAAGACACCGAGACAAGCGGCUUAGUUUGAAUUUGCCAUGCAGGUUCUCCCCGAUGUACCCCACAGCUUCAGCCAGUAUCGAAGACAGCUAUGUGCCCAUGAGCCCCCAGGCUGGUGCCUCUGGUCUUGGACCCCACUGCAGCCCUGAUGACUACAUUCCAAUGAACUCAGGAAGCAUCUCAAGCCCGUUGCCUGAGCUGCCUGCAAACCUGGAACCUCCCCCAGUGAAUAGAGAUCUCAAGCCUCAGAGGAAAUCACGGCCACCUCCUCUGGACCUGAGAAACCUCUCCAUCAUCCGGGAACAUGCAUCUCUUACCAGGACCCGCACUGUGCCUUGCAGUCGAACCAGCUUUCUCUCUCCAGAAAGAAAUGGUAUUAAUUCUGCAAGAUUUUUUGCUAAUCCUGUUUCCAGAGAAGACGAAGAAAGCUACAUCGAAAUGGAGGAGCACCGAACAGCCAGUUCCCUGAGCAGUGGUGCUCUUACGUGGACAAAGAAAUUCAGCCUAGAUUAUUUGGCCCUGGACUUCAAUUCAGCAUCACCAGCCCCCAUGCAGCAGAAACUUCUCCUUUCAGAAGAACAAAGAGUAGACUAUGUCCAAGUGGAUGAGCAGAAGACACAGGCUCUCCAGAGCACAAAACAGGAGUGGACGGAUGAAAGGCAAUCCAAAGUCAAAACCAAGAGAGAAUGUGUAGUUUUCAAGGUCUUGGCCAGAACCUUUAGGAAAGAAGACCUGUUUAUACAUUGAAGGAAGAAAAGAAGGAAGCAGUUGCCUUCCGGAGGGGGCUCUGAGAGAAUCUAGCCUCCCCUCUGUCCUAUUGGAGCAAAGAUUGGAGUGAGUGUUGCCACCAACAGGAUUUUAUCGUUUGACUCCAAUACCUGAAAUUCUGACUUCUCUCCUGUGCUUCAAUGAGAAUGAUAAAUUAUCCUAGCAAAGGGGCCUCUGGAGACCAUCUUGUUCCAGCCUCUGAAGACAGUUGAGGAGAUCAAGCCCAGCAAUGGUGGCAGAAUCUUACUCCAAAGACUUCAGCAGACUAGUCAUUUCAAUACCCAAAGAAAGACAAGUGACAGGGGCAAUGGAUCUCAGGCUCUGAGAUAAGUAUAUCAGAUGACACUGGUGGCUCUAAGGAUAUUGCAAUUAAGCAGCUACCUGUAGCCAGGUAUUCUGCUGCUCUUGGCCUUUUCCCACGCAUCGUCUCAUGUCUUCUCCGAAAGACCUUGGAAGAUAGGCCUGGAAGAGACUGUUGAUGCCACUUUGAAGAAAAGAACACUGAGAACUAGAGGAGGGAACACUUUGCCCAAGAUUACUCACAAAGCCAAGACCCAGAGUCCAGCUUAGAGAAUAGAGUUGUUCAGGCUGCCAAUUGCAAGCUCAUUCCUCUACCUCAUACUUCCUCUGAGGAUUUUGACAAAAUGGAUUAAUUGGGUGAGCCUUGGAGACAUGUGGGAAACACCUGCAGACACAAAAUGAGUAAUCAUCCUGUCUCCCUUUCAAUAGGGAUCUGAACAGGUGUUUUGAUACUUGAAAGAUGUGCAUGUCAAGUGAGGGUUUCUUUCUGCGAUGUUCAACUGGAACUCUCCCAUCAGUAGUUACAAUUAGAAAUACCUACUGAUGGUUAGUCUGAAGGCCAUUCUCAUGGUCACCUAUACAGUGUGUUUCCCUGUGAGCUGGCUAAUGCUAGCAGAGGAAUUUUUACCGCCUUGGGGAAAGCAUAGGUUGUCCCUGGUUAUCCUAUGAUGGGCCCAAGCUUUGGAGUGAUAGAGAAAAAUGACCAGGAAAAAACCUAUGAAUUCCAUUCUUAGGUUUCCCAGCCAAUUGCUCCCUUCUGCUUUAGAAGUGACUAGGUACUGAGAGUACAAACACUCCCACUUUAUAAUGAAGGCGUCAUGUCACCCCUUCCUUUACAGGUCCUGGGGUCCAGGAGACCCAGAAUGAAGGUGUCAGUUGGGCAUGAAGUGUUAUUUAGUGUCCAUUCUUGAUCCUUCUGAGCACCUACAGCUGGAAACUAAGCAGAUACUGGUCCUGCAUUCUGACUGAGAUUGUGUCUUCUUUAUGAGGAUAGAUCAAAUUGGCAGUCAGGCCCAUGAUAGUCAGUGCAGUUGGGGCAGUUGUAGACUUUGCUACAGGAUUUCAGGGUUUCCAAUCACCCCACAGGUAAGUGAAUGCCAAAGUCUUCUUUUUUCAGACCAUACAAGAAGUCAUUUUGAUUUUCAAAGAAGCCGUUUUGAUUUUCAAAGAAGCAGGUUCUGGUGACAUUAUUUUCUUCCUUGGACAAAGUGGGGGGAAAUUUCUAAGUAUUUUAACUGAGUUCAGGGUCCUUAGUGAGCCUGGACAGAGCAAGGAGAGGGCUCCCCACUCCCUAAGCCCCACAGCCAGCUCUGCAUCACCACACACAGCCAGAGCCUGUGAGGAGCUGCCUUCUUCCCCAUGUGACUUGCAAAGAGUCUCAGGCAAGAAACCAGGGCUUCAAACUGCCAGUUCCCAUGGAGGGUAGUUCCCUCGUGUGGAGCACUUGUGUUAGGAUCACUGAUUAUCUGACAAAGUCUGGUGCAGAAAAAAAAUUGUAGGCCCAAGUGUCAAGAACCACACCAGAUUGGAGAUAGAAAAGAAUAGCUGAAAUUAUGUCAGUAGUGAAAUGUCACUCCAUUGACCCACCGAAAAAAGAAAUCUGUUUCUACCAAACAUUUCCAGAAACGUAUUUAUAGCAUGAAGAAACACACAUGGGUAGUGUGACCUGUUUGGAUGUGAUUACUUAAAAAUGGAAUGCUCUGAAUAGGCACUCUCUACAUUAAAGGUAUGGAAGGCGAUAGGGGUCAGAAUUUUUAAAAUUUAAUUUUGAAAAAGGUGACUCACCCCUCAUUUCCAGAGUGUAUGCAAUUAUGUCCUGCUUUGAUAAAACUGCUAGAUGAUGGCUAUGCAAAAGCAUAAUGAUUCAAGGAAACAAAGUACAGGUAGUUUUUGAGCUGACAGCAGCAAAGGCACCAUAAGUCAAAAUACUGGUUUUGGUGGAGAUGAUCGAUGUGUGUGUGUGAGAGAGAGCUAUGUUUCUAACCAAGGGCCUAAUGUUUGUUACAGAAAUGAUCCCAGAGACCUACAAGAUGUGGGAAUCAGCAUAACAGGGCAAUGCAGCAAUUAACCCCACAUUGUUUUCUGUAGUUCCUUUUUGUUUCAUUUUCUUCUGUCUCACCUCGUUAGAAAAUUCCUCCCAGUCAGGGGUCGUCCAGUGCAGGACGGGGGACCCAAGGGUCUCAAGCCUGCAAGUCCAGAAGGUGACAAACCCAGGAGCACUGGGAGUUAAGCUUUCCUUGGGGAGGGAAGAGCCUUGAUGUCCAGCACACAGCCUGGCUAUAAAGACACGAAGCGACCUACCCACUGUACAGUCCACUUCACAGGAUCAGCUGAAUCAUGACCUUUAAAAGUUCCGAGUUGAAACUGAAGGCUUUCCUCAGACCUGGCUUUUUCCUCAGUCCCUGUUCAUAUCAUCUCUGCACCCACAAUCACACUGAUUUUUCAAAUUCAUUUUGUUUUUGCUGUUUCAUUUCUGGCAUUAAUAAAAGUCUUAUAAGGAGAAA